CCCUCCCAAUUUUUCCCAGAUCUUUUUCAAGCUUGCCGCGAAUCACGUACACACAGCGUCUCUUUGUUUCUCCUUCCCAAAUUUUCACGUCGCGAAUCAGUGCCUCAUCAGAGAGAAAUUGCUAUGGGUGCGAUUUUUUCCAAAAUCGCUGCCGGUGCUCACUUUACCAGUGUCGGUGCGAUUUCCCCCAAACGAAGACCUUCUGUGUUCCUCUACUAACGAACACAAAUCUUCAUCUCUUCUCCUCCCUUUUCAUCUUCUUCCUUCACUUCGCGUUUCCUCUUCUCUAUGGUCCCAUUUCUUCUUCCUGCUCCUUUCACCUUCAUUCCUUCAUCCCCAUCAACCUUCCUAAUGUUCUUACUUGGGGGUUUUCUUCUCUGAGAAAUGUGGGAUUCUCUGAGGAUUCAUGAAUCUACUCUUUUUUUUACUGGUAGCCUUUUGGGGGCAUCCUCCUGAUAAUUGGUAUUGUUUGAAUCAAUUGUAUUAAGAUGUAUUUUAUGUUAUAUUUUGUUAAAUAGUUUGUUGUAAAGUAGUUUAAGUCCACGUGUGCUUUCAGUGUUGGCUAUUUAUUUGCCCAACUUGAACAAUAAGAUUUCUCCAUGUUAUUUACCUUUGAGUUUCCUAAUAUGGUAUAAGAGAAUUUUUCCCCGAAAUAAACUUGAUGGUAUUCUUGACCUACUUCAAUGGCGAACCUAAUCCUCCAAAACUACCCAUUGAUUCUUCAUCGUCUUUCACAGCAAAUUCCAAUUAGUUGAUUUUUGAACAAUAUGCGAAUCCAUUCUUUCUUCACCAUUCGGACAACACAAGUAUUGUUCUGAUUUCAAAUCUUCUUACAAAAACAAAUUAGACCUCUUUGAGCCAAGCUAUGAAGAUUGGACUUACCAUGAAGAACAAACUUGGCUUCAUCGAUAGUUCUAUCGUCCAUCCCACCGGUGAAAUGCAUCAAUCUUGGAUCGUUUGUAACAGUGUAGUCACGACAUGGAUUUUGAAUUCCUUAUCCAAAGAAAUUUCUGCAAGCGUCUACUUCUCUGAUUUAGCGCAAGACAUUUGGGUAGAUCUACAAGAACAAUACCAAAGAAAGAAUUGUCUGCAUGCUUAUCAAAUUAGACGAGAAUUGUCCAAUUUAACACAAUCGCAGGACUCUGUUACUACAUAUUAUGCCAAAUGGAAGACCUUAUGGAAUGAGUUAGCCUCCUACAGACCUUCUUGCUCUUGUGGACGAUGCACAUGUGAUGGAGUGAAGGAUUUGAACACUUAUUUACAAACUGAACAUGUAAUGACCUUUCUUAUGGGACUCAACGAAUCUUUCAGUCAAAUUCAUACACAGUUACUUCUCAUGGAGUUGGAACCUUCGAUCAAUAAGGCCUUUUCUUCCGUCAUUCAAGAAGUUGAACAACGAACCAUCCCUUCUUAUCAGACUAUUGUCUCUAACCAAUCGACACAAAAUGCUGCUCUUCUAGUAAAAAAUACUUCUUCGAAUGCCAAUUCCAAUCAGUCAUCUUUGUCAAAUAAUAACAAGAAGAAAGAUCGACUGAGCUACACUCAUUGCAAUAUUCCUGGCCACACGGUUGAUCAAUGCUAUAAGGUUCAUAGAUAUCCCCCCAGUUAUCGAUCUAAUCAGAAAAGUUCGUCCUCCAAGUCUGAAUCCUUUUCUUCCACUUCUACUUCUGGUUCUUCUGAUAGCAGCUCAUUUGAAAAUUCAUCAGCACAACAACGUCAAGGACUUCUCUUUAUGCCUCAAUCACAUCUUGCAAAGGCCAAACUGGAAGCUGAGAUUUCUUCUCAGAAUCACAUAGCAGGUAGCGAAAGGUGAGGAGUUCCAGGAUGCUGCUAAGGUGAAGGUCUGCCACACCAUAGCCACACUUUCGGUUUUAUUGUUGUUAUUGUAAACUUUGUAGUUAAGCUUGAAAGUUGCAUAUGUUGGGUUUAAU